AAGAAGUUGUUGACAGCCACGGAAUUGUUCCAAUAUGUCUACGAUUACUAAAAUUGCUUUGGAACCUUUUGCUUAUCGACACUUUCAACCGGACUUUGCUGGAACUAAAAUUACUAUUCCUAAACAAGAAUUUGUUUCCAAAAUCAACGAAUAUUAUGAAACUUGUGAAAAAGCUACCGAGGCAAGUAUGAGUCUUGUUUGUAUAUAUAUAGUANAGUGCUUGGUUUGUACGCGUACUUCUGUAGGUGCUAUGGUUGGAGUUGUUCCCAUAACGGAGUCCAACGAACACUUGUUGAAAACUGCCUACGAAGCAAGAACUCCACAAGAACUUCCAGUAUUGACUCGAUUCUUUCCUUCAAAUAAGGUAUCUACUUGGAUAGCCAAAUAUUUGGAUAUUGUUCUCUAUCAUAGACAACAAGUCAUCAAGGAACGAACACAACGCGAAAGAGACGACUUGCCACUCGAGCAAGCUGAAUGGUAUAUUGUCAAUAUCAAAGCACAAGAUGAAGACUAUGAACUUCCAAUGCAACCCAUAACUAUCAUGAGAAAUGCUUGUCUAUCACAAGGCGGUAGUGGAAUAGCGAUCGAUCGCCAACAAUAUAUGCAAUCUGUUCGUUAUUGGUCACAACACGCCACAAUAAAAUAAAAAAAUAUUACAUCUUCAUUUCUUG